GCAGACGAGGUGAGCCGGAGAUUGAUUUGGGAGAAGAACCUCAAGUACAUCAACACCCACAACCUGGAGCACUCCCUGGGAAUCCACACCUUCCAGCUGGCCAUGAACCACCUGGGGGACAUGACCAGCCAAGAGGUGGUGAGGAAGAUGACAGGGCUGAAGGUGCCCAGUGGCCACCACCAUCACAACGAGACACUCUACGUCCCUGACUGGACUGAGAGAGCUCCAGACACCAUGGACUGGAGGAAAAAAGGCUACGUGACUCCGGGCAAGAACCAGGGUCAGUGUGGCUCGUGCUGGGCCUUCAGCUCGGUGGGCGCCCUGGAGGGACAACUGAAGAGGAAAACAAGGAAGCUGUUGUCCCUCAGUCCCCAAAAUCUGGUGGAUUGUGUGGCCAACAACGACGGUUGCGGCGGCGGCUACAUGACCAACGCCUUCGACUACGUCCGGCAAAACCACGGCAUCGAUUCCGAGGAUUCCUACCCCUACAUCGGCCAGGAUGAGAGCUGCAUGUACAGCCCCACGGGGAAAGCAGCCAAGUGCCGCGGCUACCGCGAGAUUCCCCAAGGGAAUGAGAAGGCUUUGAAGAGAGCAGUGGCCAGGAUUGGUCCCAUCUCCGUGGGCAUCGAUGCCAGUCUGCCCUCCUUCCAGUUCUACAGCCGAGGAGUUUACUACGACGAGAGUUGUAACGGGGAGAACAUCAACCACGCGAUGCUGGCGGUUGGGUAUGGGGCACAGAAGGGCACCAAGCACUGGAUCAUCAAGAACAGUUGGGGAGAGGAAUGGGGCAACAAGGGCUACGUCCUCCUGGCGCGGAACAUGAACAACGCCUGUGGCAUUGCCAACCUUGCCAGUUUCCCCAAGAUGUGA